CUGCAGUGCCGACGGUGACGGUGAUUGGCUGUAGUGCUGACGGUGACGGUCGCUGGGCCUGGAAUAACCGACUGGAGCCUGGAACGGUUAAUCCAGAAAAAAAUGGCUGGAAGCUUUUAUUUUGUUAUAGUUGGUCACCAUGAUAAUCCUGUCUUUGAAAUGGAAUUUCUUCCAGCAGGUAAAAUGGAACCCAAAGAUGAUCAUCGACACCUUAACCAGUUUAUAGCGCAUGCUGCCCUUGACUUGGUGGAUGAGAACAUGUGGUUGUCGAACAAUAUGUAUCUGAAGACCGUUGAUAAGUUCAAUGAAUGGUUUGUCUCUGCGUUUGUUACAGCUGGACAUAUGAGAUUUAUUAUGUUGCAUGACGUUCGGCAAGAAGAUGGAAUAAAAAAUUUCUUUAAUGAUGUCUAUGAUCUGUACAUUAAGUUUGCUAUGAAUCCAUUUUAUGAACCCAACUCCCUCAUUCGAUCAACAGCAUUUGAUAGAAAAGUUCAGUUCCUGGGAAAGAAGCAUCUGUUGAGUUGAACAUUUCUAAUUAUUAAAUGGUACUGUACUCUGUAUAUUAAAUAUGUAUAUAAAAUGUAAAAGCAGCUGGUAAUUUCACCAGUUUUGUGGUCACUUUAGUAUAUAAUGUUCAUGUUGGAUUUUCCAAUCACUAAUACUUAAAUGCAACAUAACAUCAAUUUGUAUGGAUCCUAAGUGUACAGUGUAAAUGUGCCCACUGAAAGCAAAUUUAAUUGUAAUUGGAGACGGAGUAAUUGUAAUUGGACCUAUUUUAGUCAUCAUGAAAUGGGGAAAAUUGUAAACCUGAAUGUACAUUAACUAAGGAAAAUAAUUUCUUAUUCUCAGAUUUGUUACUGUGUUUUAUGUUUACAUUUUUAACAUUGUCAUACUGGUUGUAGUCACCUUACUGCCUCAGCUGAAACAAAGAAAUGCUCAUGUUCCAACCAACCAUCUUCUCUGAUUCCAGGAUUAUUCUGUGUAACUAAAGUUAAUUUGGAGGAUAAUAUAAAAUGGCAAAUGAUGAGCUAUUGGAACUGCCCUUCUGGGUUUAAAUGUCUUCAUCUAAAGACUAUGUGCCUGUGCACUACUAUAGAUAAUCUUUGCUGACAGUUGAGGUUAGAAAACUGCAUUGCUGCUCUUUUAGAUAGACUUCGAUUUAGCAAAAUGUGUGGUUUGAAUUAUGUAAAUAAAAUCUGAUUUAAUAAAAAAAUGUAACAUAAAUGAUAAUAAAUGUGAAAUUUAGCCUUCUAGGAAAAAAUAAUUUAAUUAAUACAAAGCUGACAUAGUUGAUCUGAAAUCAUUGAUCCUACUACCUCAUCAGAAGUUAUUUUUUAAUAUAUUUGGUUUAUAAAAAUCGAUGUCAUUAAUAUUUCAAUCACUUACAACUUUAGUCAAUUCCGGCUUUAUUUUGGGCUCCCAACCAUCCCUUCGGCUUGUGAGCCUCAUGCUUAACCUCUUAUUUCCAUGGCACCAGAACACCUGCUCUUCUAACUUUCUGCCGCUUGACAUAAUUAUUGGUGCACAACGUCCUUUUCUUCCUACCCUUCAACAUGGUUUUCCUACAGCUUCAGGGAUUUUGUCUUGGUCCGGUGCUGACCUAACUGAGUUUGCAUGCUCUGCAAGAGCACGGAAUUCAAAGCAAAGGCAUUCCCUACUUCAACACAAGUUAUGUUGCACCCAACGCCUUAGGCCUCUGGUAUUAACGUAGAAUAGUACAGCCAGAAGAACAGGCCAUUUGGCCCACAAUGUUGUGCCGAACCAAUUAAAUUAGUAAUCAAUGGCUAAGGAAACUAGUCUCUUCUGCCUUCACAAUACUCAUAUCCUCCCUGUUUUCCCAAUGUCCAAAAAAUCUACUGUUUCUGCCUCUAUCACCACCCCAGGAAGCGUAUUCUGGGCACCCACCACUCUCUGUAUAGUUUUUAAAAACAUCUUGCCCCUCAUAUCUCCUGUGAAAUUACACCCUCUCACCUCAAAUGCAUGUCCACGGGUAUUAGACAGGAAAAGACAUUGUCUGUCUAAUCUGCCUAUGCCUCUUAAUCUUAUAAACCUCUAUCAGCCACGACCACUCUAGAGCAGUGUUCCCUAAGCUUUUUUUUUAGCCCAAUGCCCCGUAAAACACCUUCAUACUAGCCACACCACUCUCAGGCACAAUAAACUUUCUGGUGCCCCCAAAUGGUAAAAAUAUGUCUCCUAUGAUUCUGCUUUAAAUUUUUAUUUGUCUUUAAACCUGGCUUACUCAGUACCUGUGUGCUGUGCAGCAGCUUAAAUAUCAAUGUGAUCCUUGAGUUUGAUUAA